CACACACAGAGACAGAGGGACGGACCGAAACACACCCAUGCACGGAUUGACACACCGACACACAGGCUGACGGAACAAAACACACUCCCACAGGCUGAGGGAGGAACAGACUAUCCAGCAGACAUGAUGUGGCUGGUAGCAGCUCUGGUCUUUCUGGCCCCUCACCUCCCUGAAUCAUUCAACAUCUCAGCGGACCCAGGAAGCAGCAGCAUCACUCUGAAACAAUCUGAGACGCUCGCUGAGGAUUUCCCAGAAGCCUCUGUGAGAACCGAUAAGCCCCUGGGGGUGCGGCAUGGCCGGGAGGCAUGUACCAUCCCCUGUGAUGUCACCGCCAAGAUGCUAAGAGAGGAGAAACACUCACUGUGUGGCCACCUGCAGCAGUCUCUAGUGUCAUAUGGGAGGAGCACCAGGAAGCUGAUCAGAGAUCUGAUGGAGGAACAGCAGAGAGCCAUGGAGUUCCUCACCAGUCAGGUGACAGAGCUGAUGACCAAAGUUCAGACACUGAGCUCGGAGGUGCAGAGGAGCAACACUGAGAUUUACUCAGCCAAGCCUGUCCAGUCACACGGUCGUGACUGCAGUGACAUUAAGGACACUCUGGGCUCUGUCGUUCCUACGAUCCCUAGCGGCAUCUAUAUCAUCCACCCUGAGAACACGGACACUGCCUUUGAGGUGUUCUGUGAGAUGGAUUAUAUGGAUGGGGGCUGGACGGUGAUGCAGAGGAGGACAGACGGAAUGACAGACUUCGGACGGCCCUGGACAGACUACACAGACGGCUUUGGACACCUGCCAGGCGAACACUGGCUGGGUCUGAGGAAGGUGUUUCACGUCGUCAACCAGAAGGAGGUUCGCUUCCAGCUGCACAUCGCUCUGGUCUCUGGUGACGACACUUCCUCGUACGCAUCAUACGAUGACUUCCGCCUCGACAACGAGACACACUUCUACAGCAUCCACCUGGGGAGAUACGCUGGCAGCGCAGGUGAUGCGUUCAGAGGAUAUGACCAGGACCAGAAUCAGGACACGGCUCCGUUCAGCACGUUAGACGUUGACAACGACGGCUGCUCUCCGUUCUGCUCCUUGAGCAACCAGACAGUAGAGAGCUGCAGCCUCCAACACCACCGCAGUGGCUGGUGGUUCAACCAGUGUGGCCUGGCCAACCUCAAUGGAUCCCCACAGGAUCCAGAAUGGAGCAGGAAAGACACUGAGUGGAGUGGGGGCGACAUGGAGUGGAAUGGGGGCGACAUGGAUCGGAGUGGGGGAGAGACGGAGCGGAGCAGGGGAAACACGGAGCAGAGUGGGGGAGACACGGCGCAGAGGGUGGGAGACACGGAGCGAAUCGGGAGAGCAACGGAGCGGAGCCACAUCCACUGGGACACUUGGACUCAGAGCGGAGUCCCUCACUACAUCAAAUCAGUUACUAUGAAGAUCAGAAGGAUACCCACCAAGACACACAACUAACACACUGAAUUGAAGGAGAGAGGGAGUGAUGGAGGGAGGAGAAGAGAGGGAGAUGAGAGGAAGGAGGAGAGGCAGAGGUAGAGGUGUGAGAGUGAGGGAUCAGUGUUUCAGAGAUCAUCUCUACAGUCAGGUCCACUUGGAUUGGAACUGGUGGUAUGGUCAGACAACAUAAAAACAGAGCUCUUUGGCCACGCACACCGGUGGUAAAUUUGGCCUUCGAAAGAAGGAUGUGUAUGCAGAAAAGUACCUUACCUACUGUAAAAUAUGGUGGUGGAUUGUUGAUGUUAUGAGGCUAUUUUGCUUCCACUGGUCCUGGGGCCCUUGUUAAGAUCAAAGGCAUCAUGAACUAUACCCAGUACCAGGAUAUUUUAGCUGAAACCCUGGUUGCCUCUGCCAGGAGGCUGAAACCUGGCCGCAAGUGGAUCUUCCAGCAAGACAAUAACCCCAAGCACACA